ACGGUCGUCUUCCCAGCGGGCUUUGCUUCGGAACGCAAACGACGUGUGGUGGGACGUUGAGAGGUAGAACUUGCCAUUAACUUGACUGUUGCAGUCAUGUUGGCAGCAAGGCUGGUGUGCCUUCGGGCUCUCCCCUGCAGGAGUCUGCGCCCUGCACUCACUCAGACUUCACCUGCUUUGAGGAAUUCCACUCUGAAGACAAAACAGUGGCUUCUGCAGCCUUAUCAGGGAUAUGCCUCCAGAGCCAGGAUGGGUAUACGACGGGGAAAAACUGGUCAAGAAAUUAAGGAAGCAGCUUUUGAACCAGCGAUGGAGACAGCCUUUAAAGUUGAUCAGAUGGGAAGAUGGAUUGUUGCUGGGGGUGCUGUUGUUGGUCUUGGAGCCGUCUGUUAUUAUGGACUGGGGAUGUCUAAUGAGAUCGGAGCCAUUGAAAAAGCUAUCAUUUGGCCGCAGUAUGUGAAAGACAGAAUCCGUUCAACCUACAUGUACUUUGCAGGAAGUGUUGGUUUAACAGCAUUGUCUGCUGUGCUAGUCAGUAGAUCUCCUGCUCUCAUGGGUGUCAUGAUGAGGGGUUCCUGGCUGGCAAUCGGUGCAACCUUUGCAGCAAUGAUUGGGGCUGGAAUGUUGGUUAGAUCAAUUGAUUACGAAUAUAGCCCUGUCCCUAAACAUCUGGCUUGGAUGCUUCAUGCAGGUGUUAUGGGUGCCGUGGUGGCUCCUCUGACUCUUCUGGGUGGCCCUCUGCUCAUCCGAGCUGCUUGGUAUACAGCAGGAAUUGUAGGUGGUCUUUCAACUGUGGCCAUGUGCGCGCCAAGUGAGAAGUUUCUGAACAUGGGAGCACCCCUGGGAGUAGGCUUUGGCCUUGUGCUUGCUUCUUCUGUUGGAUCCAUGUUCUUUCCUCCGACAUCUGUCUUUGGUGCUGGCCUCUAUUCUGUGGCUGUUUAUGGCGGCUUGGUACUUUUUAGUCUGUUCCUGCUCUACGAUACCCAGAAAGUUGUAAAAAGGGCAGAGACUCAGCCGAUGUAUGGUGUAGGUCUACAAAAGUACGAUCCCAUCAACUCGUGUAUGGGUAUUUACAUGGAUACUCUCAACAUCUUUAUCAGAGUUGCCACCAUGCUUGCUGGUGGUGGCGUCAGAAAGAAGUAGAUGUCAGCUUACUUUGACACACGAUACGGAUGGAUCAUCAAACACUUUGGCUCAUCUGCUUAGUGCAUAAGACCUAAUAAAGUUUGUGUUGUGUACAAGCAGCUUUCAUGUAGAAGUCAGAUGUUCUAAGCACUUCAGCAUGAUCUUUAAGGUGUUUUCAGUGUAAUGUGACUUGGCUCAGUUUCCUGUUUAACUUUUAAACAGUCGAGUGGAAACUAGAUUGCUACAUACUGCAUUCAAUCACUUUCUCUUUAAUUUGGGGGUUUUGAAAUGGGAAAGAAGUUAGUUUCAAUAUGUGUAUAUUUGUUACCGGUGUAAGUUCUGCUCCCUCUUCUAAAAAGAUGAAGGUCUCUGCUGUGUGGUAAUCUCACUUUAAAUAUUGGAGCAGCCCAAGAGAGCAUUAUUGAAACCAGCAUGAAUGAGCCAAAUACAGAUAUGUGCUCAGAAGUUAUUUAUAGACAACUAAUUGCACUGAAAUACAAAAUACGUUGACAGCAACUGAGUGUAGCCACCCCCAUGAAUGAUGACAAAAUGGCUAAUAAAAAUGGAGUUCUAAAAGGAUAGUUAUUAGGGUUCUCUGCUUUUCAGAAGAAAGUCAGGAAACUAGCUAGUAUUUGUUCAACUGUUACACAACUACCAUCAACUAAAUGUAGCUUCCCUUUGACAAGAUUGCAAAAACAGUGAAAGCUAGGUAAACUAGGAAUGGUGAAGAAAAUCUCUUGAAUGGCAAUGUGAAGGAAAAUGAAUCCAUUUGGGAACUUCAGGUCUGCAUUUUCCUUCAAAGUCAAACUGGGACACACAUUUCACUUUGGAUUAUGCUUUCCUCUCUAUUCUCAUCUCAAGUGCUGCCACUCAACUGACUGUUCCUUUUGAUUUUAUCCUGAGUGGACUCCUUCACUAAGCAAUGAUUUCUAAAAGACAUUCCAUCAGGAUGUCGCUUUAAUUCAAGAACUGCAAUUUUUGCCAUUGUAAUAUUUUUAUAAGCUGGGAGAACAUAUGUACGGGAAUUCAUCGGGUAGAAUAAAAGUUAUUUUGGAAACUGCUGAAGCCUCUUAACUUUUUUAGUGCUCAUCUAUUUUAACUGUUGUGAGAUGGCAAUUCAAUAACUUUAUUCUCCUUCCACCAUGCCAGGCUAUGCUUGUACCAGUUUCUGAAACAAUAAAAGUCCUAGCCCAGCA